AUGGAACCCCCACUCGACAUCGACACACUGCUGGAGCUGGAGGAAGUUGGCGACGGGUCGUUCAAGAGCAGACAGCUGUGGAAUCCGCCGCACGCGCCCUCUGUGUUUGGCGGCCAGCUGAUGGGCCAGGCCCUGGCGGCCGCAUUCCGCACCACAGGCGCCGACUGGGUCGCACACUCCCUGCACACGCAGUUCCUGCGGCGCGUAACCGUCUCCGCACCAGUGCAUUUCACAGUAGCCACGCUGGGCCAAGGGCGAAACUACUGCUCGCGUGUAAUCACCAGCCACCAGAACAGCAAGCCUGUCAUGCAUAUGAUUUGCAAUUUCGUAACCCACGGCAGUAACGUUGCCAGCAAGCACGCCUACCAAAAGGAAAUGCCUGGCUUUGUGCCGCCCGAGGCAGGGGCGCCUGGCACGCUGCCGGUGGCCGGUGGCAACCCUGCAUCCGAAAACCACUAUGUGCUGGAUCCGCAGGGCUACCCGGGCGGGUUUCCGGCGGAGAUCUGGGUCAAGGAGGUCGACGAGGACAUAGCUGUGCCUGCGCCUGCCAAGCAGCACCUGUGGCUGCGGUGCCCGGACAACAGGUUGCGGUCGCAGCAGAUGCAGCAGUGCAUUCUGGUCAUGUAUUCGGAUCUGCUCUUCACUCGGGUCACAUUACGGCCAUUUGGCGUGCGCGUUGCCCCGGCGCCAGACACAUUGCGCAGACUGGUCUCGAUCGGGCACCAUGUGUGGUUCCAUAAGCCGGCGGACCCGGGCGACUUUCUGCUGUACAAGACCGAGUGCCCGCAGCUCAGUCAUGGGCGCGGUAUAGUGGUCGGCGAGAUGUUCUCAAGGGACGGGUCCUUUGUUGCCAGCACAGCCCAGGAGGCACGCGUCGAAGUUGACCCGAUUGUUGAUCUGCUGCCUGCAUCCAAACUCUAA